AUGUGGCGACCGGUCGGCAGGAUGGACAUCAUGGAUUUGGAAGACGACGUCUGUUUGGCAACUUUUGACAAUGACCAAGAUUACUUUAAAGCUCUCACCGGUGGCCCGUGGGUUCUCCUCGAUCAUUAUCUAAUAGUUCACCAGUGGUCACCGGAAUUUCGGGUGGGCGAGGCAAUCCCACGAACCGUCACAACCUGGGUUCGUUUCCCUCACCUCCCAGUGCACUUUUAUCACAAGGAAGUCCUUUUUGCACUUGGGAAUCUGAUCGGGCGAACAAUCAAGUUGGACUACCACACCGAGCAUGGCCACAGGGGAAAGUUUGCAAGGAUAGCCAUUGAGUUAGAUAUGUCUAAACCCCUGAAGCCACGCAUCAGAUUGGAUGGUUUCUGGCAAAAAGUGGUUUACGAGAACCUUCCCAACGCUUGCUUUGGGUGUGGGAUCGUCGGUCACGCGGAAUCCAUAUGUCCCAAGCUUGGCCGUGAUCUGACCGCGACGGCGAGCGAUUCGACUACGACGAUCAGCUCUCAGACGUUACCGCUGCGGGAGACGGAGGCGCCGGUGGGUUUCGGCCCGUGGAUGCAAGUGACCCGGAAAAGUCGUAAACCGGAAAGGAAGGACUCAUCUCAGCAGGCGGCUGAUCAGGCAAAAUUACAGGGAUCGAAAUCAGGAAAGAAGAAUCAGCCACAAAAGGAAGGGGAAUUCAACUUACCUUCUUUGGGGAGCAACAAACCAAACGCAAAAGGAAAGAAUAUUGGCCAUAGUCACACUACUGCUAAGGCGAUGGAAUUGCCGAACCAAGCCAAAAAUCAGGAGGAAAUACCUCAAGUUGGAAUGCCUAAUAUGGAAAAAGUUGAGAAGAAAAACGAGAAUGGAAAGAAAGCGACUAUGAACCCGCCAGUCUCAGCACCGGUGCCAACGACUAUUUUGAAACAAAAUCCCUCGCCCCUGGCCGUCCACGCAGGUGAUAAAGGCUUGUUGGGCCCUGGCCCGCAACCAGCUUCUGGGUCUCCUCUUUUGGACCCAUCGUCUUCCAAACAGAGCCUAAACAAAGCGCCCAAAUCGGACAAGACAACAGCUAGUGGGCCAAGCUUGGAAGGAAUUAAGACCCGUACUGUCUUCGGGCCGGAUGGGAAGACGGUGACCAUUCUGGAUGUCUCUUGCCCUGAACCUCCUUCCCAUCGGCAAAUCGACCCAGAAGCACCCCUAUCCAGCCUGCGUAUCAAGAAGAAGAAGAAGAAGAAGGGGAGCUCGCCUCGUCCGACCAAGCAGGGAAUGCCGAUGGCAGCGGCGACCAAGGCUAUUCAAAUUUGGUCUCCCAAAAAAGACAAGAAAAACAAGCCACGGGACAAGCUCCUCUCCCUCACUCUCCAAGAAAUUGAAGCGUGGAGCUCAACCACGCGAAACCAGUCGGCAACCGCCUCUAAAUUCUCGACGGGGGCCACCGCUACGAUCGUUGUUGAAUCGGAACCUAGUCCGGGCAACGCCGAUUUGGCGAAAGAGCCUUGA